CCUUUUGUCUGCAUUUGCUUUAUCACUCACUCAGUAAACUGUCAUUCGACUAAGAACCUAUCCUGAAAGAGUGGAAGAAAUGGAGCAAACUGAGAAUCAACAAAAUAAGUGGUUAUAUUUACUAAAUUUCUAAAGGCAAACUGCAGCUGCUUGGAAGCAGGUACCCUAGCCUAGUAUGUGGAUUUUAAGGAAUUUUUGCAGUUUGCUAGAAUAAAAGGAGAGCUCAGAGAGGAAAGCAAAACUGGGAUACCUUUGUCUUCUGUUUUCAGUGAUGCCUCGUUAUACUUGCAUCCUCUUUAUGGUAUGCUGUCUCCUAAAUAACUGGAGCACUAAAAGUGAAAGAUCAUUGAGGUGGAUUGGUUGAAUCCACUGCAUUGUCUGUUUCGAUAGACAUGGUCCUGGUAAUAAAACUGCUGCUCCUCGCCUGCCUCUGGCCAACAGUUGUGCUAACCAGUGUCAGUUCUCAAAGUGAUCAUCAUCAUCAUCGUUUUCUUCAUCAUCAGCAGCAGCAGCAGCAGAAAUGCUCACCCAUGAAGAAGCAUAACAGCAAACGAGAAAUUAAAAUGAGGAAAUUAGACAGCACCAAAGUACGCCCUCUAAAGUCUGAGCAGCUUCUCCGCAUAGAGGACCAUGACUUUGCAAUGAGACCUGGAUUUGGAGGAUCACCAAUACCAGUGGGCAUUGAUGUGCAGGUUGAAAGUAUUGACAGCAUUUCAGAAGUUGACAUGGACUUCACAAUGACCUUAUAUCUCCGACAUUACUGGAAGGAUGAGAGGCUUUCAUUUCCUAGUACCAAAAAUAGAAGCAUGACCUUUGAUGGAAGACUGAUAAAAAAGAUCUGGGUACCUGAUGUAUUUUUUGUUCACUCCAAAAGAUCUUUCAUUCAUGAUACUACCAUGGAGAAUGUGAUGCUCCGCGUGUACCCUGAUGGCAAUGUACUCUUCAGCCUGCGGAUUACAGUUUCUGCCAUGUGUUUCAUGGAUUUCAGCAGGUUCCCUCUGGACACUCAGAACUGUUCUCUAGAACUGGAAAGUUAUGCUUAUAAUGAAGAUGAUCUGAUGCUGUACUGGAAACAUGGGAAUGAGUCACUGAGUAUAGAUGAGCACAUCUCCCUUUCCCAGUUCUUCAUUGAAGAGUUCAGUGCUUCUAGUGGCCUAGCUUUCUACAGCAGUACAGGCUGGUACAACCGCCUUUUUAUAAACUUCGCCCUGCGAAGGCAUAUUUUCUUUUUUGUGCUACAAUCCUAUUUCCCAGCUAUGCUGAUGGUGAUGCUGUCAUGGGUUUCGUUUUGGAUUGACAGAAGAGCUGUUCCUGCAAGGGUAUCAUUGGGAAUAACUACUGUGCUGACCAUGUCAACCAUAAUCACAGGAGUAAGUGCCUCCAUGCCUCAGGUGUCUUACAUAAAAGCGGUGGAUGUAUACUUAUGGAUCAGUUUUCUUUUUGUCUUCCUGUCUGUCAUCGAAUAUGCAGCUGUGAAUUAUCUUACCACAGCAGAAGAGAGAAAACAACUCAAAAAGAGAGGGAAGGUUUCAGGAAUGUAUAACAUUGAUGCAGUACAAGCAAUGGCCUUUGAUGGCUGCUAUCAUGACAGUGAAGCUGACAUUGACAUGACCACCUUUACAGUCCACUCUGAAGAGAGCUCAGCCCGGGGACGGGCAGCCAGCAUCCCCAACCUGGAUGCAACCCGUGUAAAAAGAAAAAGAUCCUUGAAAGGAAAUGUGGGCAGGAUUAUUUUGCAGAAUAAUCACGUCAUUGACACGUAUUCAAGGAUUAUAUUUCCCACUGUGUACAUUGUAUUCAACUUUUUUUACUGGGGUUUGUAUGUAUGAAAAGAAAUUACUGUAAUCUAUGCACUAUUUUGCAUGUAAGGCUAACAGAAUCUGUUUUUUUUUUAAAGUAACAGCAAUAGAAGAAAUGUUUACAAUUUUCUUAAAUUGAUUCAGACAUCAGUCAAGGGGAUAUUGUUCUGGUGACAGAAAAGUUAUGAAUUAAAAACCCAAAUAGUUCUGGUUUCUUCACGUUCUGUAAGUUUUACUUCUGAAUGUUAAGGUGGUUUUUAACUGGACCACUCAGUGCUUUACUAUAGUAGCUUCAUACCCAAGCAACUUCCACAGUUGCACAGGAAUUUCCAUAUCAAAAGACCUUGCAUCACACUGCUUAAACAGUCAUUACUGUCAGCCCCAGUAAAAGAGAUGUAAAUGUAUAAUCUAGCAUGCUGUAACAUUCCUCCCUACUCUGCAACUCUGUUCUUCCCAAUCUGUGACCCAGGUAAGUAUGAUACAGGCACUUUAAGAAUUCUUCUCCAAAUGUUUCUUCUCUGUCUUAGCUUGCUGCAUUCCUGUUGUGCUAACCAGUUUACUAUAUUCAUCAGUAGCCUUUGGGCUUGGAUGGAGGCUUGUGGGCAGGGGGGACGAUGUGAGAGAAAUGAAUUGGAGACCAGCCAUAGGCAGGAAGUGAGCUGGAUGGAGUUCUGUGCAUUGUUUAUCAUUAAGGUCUUUACACAAUCUCAAGAUGUCUCUGACUUCCAUGAAACCACCCAUGUUUUGGAGUAGUCUUUUAUCAUCGUUCUUUGAAAUGUUGAAGACAGUAUGUAACAGUACGCACCCUGGGAACAGUAUUUUAAUGGCCUGGGGCAGUCUCUUAGCUGGAUGCAUGGGCUGGUACAAGAAGCAGACCUUUUACCAUAUUUCAUGUCUCAUUCAUUUUGGACUCCAUCUAAUUCAGCCUCACACAAACCUGCUGUUCUCUUCCUGCGACCGUAAAUUAUUCAGAUUGGAAAAUUGAACUCUGAAGGCUGGAAUUUUAGAAAACUUUAUAAAAGGAAAAAAUCCCCCUUGUUACAUGAGUCUCAUUCUUCUAUUUUUUAUUGUACACAUCAGUUUGGAUUUUUAUUCCAUGGAAGUUGAAAGUUACAGUGGGGAGAUGCUGCGAAUGGCUUCAUGGUCCCAGGAGUCUGAUUGUAGAUCAAGGCACUGAAGAUCACUAAGCAUGAGAACUACAACAUGGAGGAAAUUGAAGGAAAAAGUUAUGCAGAAGCAUAGUCAUGGUCUCAUCCUGUCAAUCCCCUGAAGGAUCCUGCAUGGAUUUCCCUUUGUUCAGGCAAUGGCAUGUCAAAUAUAGGACAUCAAGGCAAAAAAAGAAGCUAAACAACUGCAAAAAAGAUUCAAGUAAUUGUGGAAUAACGUGUGACUUUCCCAGAUUUGUAGCGCUCUCCAUAGGAAUUUUUUGUUUGUGUCUCAUUAAUAAAAUGAAUUCAAUGUGGAGCUGUGUGCUGGUAGAAAAUGUCAAAAGCUAUAUGCCUGCCACUGCUGUGUUAAAUAAAGGAAAUGGAAAUAAAGUUGAAAACAU